AUCUGAAAAAAAUAACCAACAAAUGAACUAAAUGAUAUUUGAUGUCGUUAAUAAGGUGAAGCUCGAUGCUCUCCCUGCCUAUAAAUUCUUCUCUUUUCUGAAAACGACAACGAUCCGAUUCUAACUCAUUUUUCAGGCCAGGGAAGUUCAGUGUGAUUAUGAUGUGGGUAUUUUGAUUUUUCCCUGAAGAAGACAUUUUUUUUAUACAUAUAUAUACAUGGGAAUAAGUUUUGAGCUAUAUUGGGAAAUUAUGAACUAGUUCGAGUCAUAAUUGGGUUCGAAAGAUAUGAACAGUAAAGUUUGGAAGUGGAUUUUGGGUUUGAUAUACAUAGUUGCGGUUGCAACUAUCUGGAUUGCUGCCAGUUUUGUGGUUCAGUCUGUGGUUGAUGACGGUGUUUCGCCGUUUCUCAUCACAUACAUUUGUAAUUCCUUGUUUGUGGUGUACAUUCCCAUUGCUGAAAUUGGGCGAUAUUUGGUUGAUACUUAUGGAAGUUUAUUGUUUUGGAGAAAGAAAAAGAGUAGCCCUUUGGAAGAACCGGGAUCCUCUGAACAGACCAUUCUUCUUGGAGAGAGUGUUGUAGAUGUCAAAGUGGAUGGAUCGUAUCCAUCUGUUACUGUGGAAGAGGGAGAAAUUAGUCAGCAUGGGAGAGAUAUUGAUUCAAGAUCAGAAUUUGUUUCACGUGAGCUUGAGAGGACUUUGCCUGUUGCUAAAGUUGAUGGACAUCCUGAUAAAGGACUUGACGCAAAAGGACGAUGGACGCGCACUAGAGUGGCAAAGGUCAGCCUGUUGAUUUGCCCAUUUUGGUUUUUGGCACAGCUGACUUUUAAUCUCUCGUUGAAGUAUACUACAGUAACAUCAAAUACUAUCUUAAGCAGCGCAUCCAGCCUUUUCACUUUUUUGUUCUCUCUAGCCUUCCUGGGUGAGAAGUUCACUUGGGUGAAGCUUAUCAGUGUUCUUCUCUGCAUGGCUGGAACAAUUAUUGUCAGCUUGGGUGACUCAAAAAGCAGUACCAGUUUAGGUGCAACUGCUUCAAUUCCUCUUCUUGGAGAUAUUCUUGCUCUUGUAUCAGCUGGAUUAUAUGCUGUUUAUAUUACCCUUAUCCGCAAGAAGUUGCCUGAUGAUGAUGGAAAAAGUGGUCAGGCUAGUAUGGCACUUUUCCUUGGUUAUCUUGGGCUUUUCAACCUCAUUAUUUUUCUUCCCAUUGCCCUUAUACUCAAUUUUACCAAGCUAGAGGCUUGCCAUUCGCUGACCCUGGAGCAGUUUGGUCUAGUUGUUGGUAAAGGUUUGUUAGACAAUGUGCUGAGUGAUUAUUUAUGGGCCAAGGCUGUACUUCUUACAACAACCACAAUAGCAACAGCUGGUCUAACAAUUCAAGUGCCCUUGGCAGCUAUUGUGGAUUCAUUAACAGGCAAUGCCCCCCAUCUCAUGGAUUACCUUGGAGCUGUUGCUGUUAUGAUCGGAUUCGCUGGCAUCAACAUUCCUUCUGAUGCUUUUGGCAGAUCAAAAGAAGCUAUUCUCGAAUUAGAAACUGAAAGUGCUAGUUUAAAUAAUCAAGAAAAUGUCUCUUCACUCCACCAAAAAACAACUGCCAUUUCUUAAACGUUGCUGUUUUUCUUUCAGAAUUAAGCUGUUUAAUCAACUUUAGGCAGCCGCAUAUCUGGUUCCCAUCAGCAGUUAACAAAAAGCGCAUUUAAGCUGCUGGACGGGGCUACAUCCAUUGAGUAGUGCACCUCAUGAACAAAAUGAGAGGAGAAAU